AUGUACAAUAUAAUCACAAAGCGAAGAUGGUCCUGGAUUGGCCAUGUCCUCAGGAUGGACGCCGACGCUAUCCCAAGAGUCGCACUCCAUUGGACCCCAGAAGGCAAAAGAAAGAAAGGGAGGCCUAAAACGACGUGGCGUAGGACCAUAGAGAAGGAACUCCAAAAGCACCACCAGAGCUGGGGAACCAUUGCAAAGACAGCUAAAGACAGACAGAAGUGGAGGGACUUUGUUGCUGCCCUAUGCGCCAACCGGCGCGACGGGGAUAAAUCAUCUGGAGUCGUUAGGGACUUCAUGACUCAGUGUGGCCUCACAGAUGUCUGGAGAUUUCAGUUUCCACAUCCCAAAGACUACUCCUUUUUCUCUAAUAUAGAAUCAAAGAUGGCGAGCCCAGCCCGUGACCCUGUGGAUGGUUGGAGAAACAGUGUUGCCCAACCCCUGGGGAUUCAGUCUCUGGAUAGUUCAGGGGUCAUUGGAAAAAACAUGCAUCAAUCUUUAACCAUGGCUGACAGAAAUGGUAUGGUAAUGAGAAGAAAAGAGAGAAAAGAAAAAGAAGUAUCUGAAGUGACCAAGGAUGUAAAGGAAGUGAAGAAUGAAGGCAAUAAGGCAAUGGAUAAUGGAGAGAUCAAAUCAGCUGAGGCGGCAGCCACCAAUGGUGCAGUAGAUAACAUUCAGAAUGGAGAUCUCCAGGUUGAGCCAGUGGAACUACCUCCAUUUGAAAUCAUUGCAGGGGACCGGAUUGAUCCUUUUGUCUUUAAGUUUCAAUUCAAGAAUGUGGAAUACUCCUCGGGGCGCAACAAGACCUUCCUGUGUUACCUGAUGGACAAAGGACACACAGCUGAUGGGCUGCUAAGGGGUUGUCUGGAGGAUGAGCAUACUGGGUCUCAUGCUGAGGAAGCCUUCUUCACACAGUGCCUGUCAGACUACGACUUGGCACUUAAAUACACAAUCACCUGGUAUGUGUCUUCCAGUCCCUGCUCUGCUUGUGCAGCAAAGAUAGCUGAAGUGUUAAAGGCCAGGAAAAACCUCAAGCUGAGCAUCUUUGCUGCUCGUCUAUUUCAGUGGGAGGAAGCAGAGAUCCAGAUAGGGCUGAAGGCCCUCCAUGCUGCUGGUUGUAAGCUGAGGGUGAUGAAGCCUCUGGACUUCUCCUACACCUGGGACACAUUUGUGGAGAACGAGGAACAACCUCUGAACCUUUGGGAAGACUGCAAAGAAAACUAUGAGUAUUACCAUGAGAAGUUGGCUGACAUUCUUGAGUGA